AUGGACAACAUCGACGAGGAAUAUGACCGGCUCGUUGAACACCUUCACGACUGCGCGAAGAAGGCUGAGAGUUUUAAAACCACCAAGAGACGCCUGUCUCUUCAAACUCUUGAGCUGAUACGCCAGCAUGGAGCAGCACGAGCCGCAGGGAACCAAGAACUCACGUCAGAGCUCGCAAGGCUUUGCCGAGAGGGGAUAAAGGAAGAUCUUAAAGAGAGAAGAGCAGAAGUGCUGGCUGAAGCUGCAGAGGCGGGGAAAAGCAUCCGCUAUGCCCGUCGAGACUUCGCCAGUCGCAAGACGAGGAUGACUGCUAUCCGGAACCCAAAGGGAACAGCCGUUGCAUCGAGAAGGGGGAUGGAGAAAAUCAUCUACGACUUCUACUCUGAUCUCUUCGACAGCCAUGUCCACUUGUCUCCUCACCAUCUGAGGGAAGAUGGACAAGUCAUUCCAGACGUUCUCCCGUCCGAAAUACGACAUGCUAUCAUGUCGGUAAGAAGUCGUACUGCACAUUUUCUUGACAGAACAAGACCAGAACAGCUGAAGAACCUUUUGCCAGUACUAAUCAACACCCUGACGAGGCUCUUUACACGUAACCUGUCGGAAUGCAAGGUUCCUAAACAGUGGAAGACCGACAAGACCGUGUUGUUGUAUAAAAAGGGAGAUCCACAUGACAUCGGCAACUAUCGUCCAAUCUGCCUACUGUCCGUCAUCUACAAGCUCUUUACAAGAGUGAUCCUUAAUAGGAUUGAAAAAGUCCUGGAUGAAGGACAGCCAUGCGACCAAGCGGGGUUUCGAAAAGGAUUCAGCACGAUUGACCACAUUCACGCUGUUUCAAAACUCAUCGAGGUAUCACGAGAGUACAAGAUGCCGCUCUGUCUCACCUUCAUCGACUUGAAGAAGGCCUUCGACUCAGUUGAGACGGAAGCGGUCGCGGAAGCCUUGGACAACCAAGACGUCCCUACUCAGAACAUAAUGGUACUUCGAGAGUUGUACAGUAACUUCACAACCGGAAUUUCGCCAUUCUACAAUAACAUCAUCAUUGACGUGAAGAGGGUGGUCCGACAGGGUGAUACAGUUCCACCCAAAAUAUUUACAGCCACCCUCGAGAACGCAAUGCGAAAGUUGGAAUGGGACGACAUGGGAGUGAAGGUUGAUGGUCGGCAGCUACACCAUUUGCGCUUCGCUGAUGACGUCGUACUGAUAACACCUAGCAUCAGCCAAGCGGAACGAAUGCUGACCGAAUUCGACGAAACAUGUGGAUGCAUCGGUCUUCAGCUGAAUCUCCAAAAGACGAUGUUCAUGCGGAACGGAUGGGUCUCGGAUGCCCCAUUCACGCUAAACGGAACGAAUAUAUCCGAAUGCACAAGCUACGUUUAUCUGGGUCGGGAACUGAACAUGAUGAACGACCUGACCCCCGAGCUGGGCAGGAGGAGACGAGCGGCUUGGGGAGCGUACAAGAGCAUCGAGGAUGUAGUGAAGAAGACCAGGAACACCCGACUCCGUGCUCACCUCUUCAACACCACCGUACUUCCUGCUUUGACCUAUGCUUCGGAAACCUGGGCAUUUCGCAAGCAGGAAGAAAACGCGGUGAGCGUCAUUGAACGCGCAAUUGAGGGAGUGAUGCUAGGAGUAUCCCGUUUCACGCAAGUGAGGGACGGGAUUCGAAGUUCUCUCCUACGUCAGCGAUCGAAGAUUAGAGACGCCGCCGCGUUUGCCAAGGUAAGUAAAAUAAGGUGGGCCGGACACGUGAUGCGCUUUAAUGACAACCGUUGGACCAAAGCCGUGAGCGACUGGGUUCCCCGCGAUAUUAAGCGCACUAGAGGAAGGCCGCCGACCCGAUGGUCAGAUUUCUUCACGAAACCCUUCAAAGAAAAAUAUGAUGCUCUUCGUGUCCCACGCGAAAGGAGGAACCACUGGGCUACUCUGGCACGCGAUCGGGAAAAAUGGAAGAAUUACUGGCAUCGACCACGUCGACCACCACCCGUUACUCGACCAGUUCGAAGAUCAACGGGAGUCAAGGUGAUCAAGGUGACUGUACGAGAGGACUCACUAUUUUAG